GUGUCCGUCUUCCCGAACCUAAAAUCUCGAAAGGAGCUUUCUCCUACCUGUAACUGGAGAGAGUAACUUUUUGAAACCCUAAUUAAAACUCAAGCGGGUGGAUUUUUUUUCCCUCUGAAUUAGGGUUAGGGGUUUGAUUUCCCUCUCUAUUCUCUUAAAUUUCGAGUAAACCACUCCUUAGGGUUAGGGUUCAGUCUGUUGAUAAAGAUGUAUGCUGAUCGGGUGGAGGCUGCAGCGAAGUUGUCAAUAAAGGAGCGUCUCAAUGGCAACUCCACCGCUGAUUCAAUUCGCAUGCGUCAAGUCACUGGCAAGAGACAGAGGCAAGAUGACAAAUGGGAACAUGAUCUUUAUGAUGAUAAUGAACAUCAAGUUUCUAGACGCAAGGUUGAUCCUCGAGAUCUUCGGUUGAAGCUUCAAAGGAAAAGUCUUAAGCAAGUAUCUCAAAGUGGGAAGGGAGGUGUCCGUGACCUACGUGAAAAGCUAUCUGGAACUAUGAAUUCACAGCCAGUGAAUGCUGAUCCACCAAAGCCUAAACCGGAGGCUGCCAAACCAGCCAGGAAAAGCAUUGUAGUGGAAACAUCUGAACCAGAACCUAAAAGAACAGCCACCUCAGCAGUGAAGAAAAAGGAUCAGCAAAAGGCUGAAACCUCGGUGGAGGACUUUCUUGAGUCACUAGGUCUUGAUAAAUAUGUGAUUACAUUUAAAGCAGAAGAAGUUGAUAUGUCAGCUCUUGUACACAUGACUGAUGAGGAUCUAAAAGCUUUAGGAAUUCCGAUGGGCCCAAGAAAAAAAAUACUUCUCGCAUUGGAAUCAAGAGGCUGACAUCUGCAGUUUUAGCACGGUUUUUUGACACUUGAAUCUUGGAUAUAUUUGGUUUGGCAUGCUCACAAAGUACAGGCAUGUCGUUCGGUGGAUAUGAGCCUGCUUGUAAUUUAUUCUUCACCAUUUGGCUUCAUGUGCUAAGUUUGUUAUUUAUGUCGAACUGUUUACCUUUUGUGAUUUGGAUAGGAACUAGUUAAUGAAGUUGCUGCUUUUUCUAUUUUAGUUUCUAUUUUUGGAUUCUAGAAAGAGUUAUGAUUCAUCUUUAUAAAAUGAUUCAUUAUGG